CUUUUGGUCGCUUCGUACGUCAAUUAUCUUCUUUGUUUGCAGAGUAUUGAACUAUACAAAGUAUAUGUAAAGAAGAUCUUAAAUUUUGUUGUGCUUAUUAUAUUAAUUUCAUUAUGUCGCACUUGGAUUUCAAAGACAUACAAGUCGUUAAUGAUAGCGUAAAUGACAUUGAUGUCAUUAGAGAUAUAAUUAAAAAUGAAAAGCCAGAAGAUGCUUUCUAUGUCGUGGAUAUCGGUGACAUUAUUAGAAGACAUCAAGAAUGGAUUAGCAAAAUGCCCAAGAUUGUUCCGCACUAUGCGAUUAAAUGCAAUUCAAAUUCGACAGUAAUUAAAGUUCUGGCGGCUUUAAAUGCCUUUUUUGAUUGCGCAUCAAAGCAAGAAAUAGCACAAGUAAUACAGUAUGACGUGCAAGGUGAGCGGAUAAUUUUCGCGCAUCCAAAUAAGUUGCCGUCUCAUAUCGAAUACUCUAGAAACGUAGGCGUCAAACGGAUGACGGUUGACAGCGAACUUGAGUUGACGAAAAUUAAGGAAUUAUUUCCCGAAGCUAAGAUCGUGAUACGCAUACGUUGCGACUCGAAAAACUCGCCGAUAUUGUUGGGAGCGAAAUUCGGUUGCGAUCCGUGCGAGGAAGCUGUGCAUUUGAUACAAUGCGCGCAAGAUCUCGGCUUGAACUUAUACGGCUUCAGCUUUCACGUUGGUACUCCAUGUUUAGAGAUGGACGCCUACUGCAGAGGAAUCGAAAUAUGUAAGCAGUUAAUCGCAGUCGCUAAAUCAAUCGGAUGCAGCAACGUAAAGUUGAUUGACAUCGGUGGUGGAUUCUUAAGCAUCAGAGGAGAAGAGCUUGACAAGCUAGCCAAGGUUAUUAACGGUGCGAUUGAGAAUCUUGAUCCCGAUAUAAGAGUCAUCAGCGAGCCUGGACGUUAUUACGUAGGUUCGAGCUUUACCUUAGCUUCGUAUCUGCACUCUAAAAGGCUCGCCACUUUCGACGGCAUAACGAGGAGGAUGUAUUAUAUGAAUUGCGGGGUGUACAAUUCGUUUCUAGACGCAUUGUUAGGCCUGCAGGACAGAAUCCCGGAAUCGGUUUUUGAGCCGACGAGGGACGAAAAAUUUCUCUCGAAUGUAUGGGGGCCGACUGCCGACUCGUAUGAUUUAAUACUUAAGGAUGUAUUGUUGCCUGAGUUUCAUAUAGGCGAUUGGUUAGUUUGGAGAAAUAUGGGCGCUUACACAUUAACUCUUUCCAAUACAUUCAAUGGAUUUCCGAUUCCAACUGUGAGACCAUUUAUUAGAGAAAGCCAGUGGUUAAUGUCUUUAAAUCUACAUAAAAAAAAUAUGCAAUAUAUUUAA